UAUCUAAAGUGACUUACGAUAGAUGUACAUAACCAAUUUGUCACAGAUCCAACGAUAUUCAUGGAGUACUAUAAAAGGUAUAUUAGAAUGUUAGUUGAGGAAACAAGCUUUUUUCCUCUUUGACUGUUCGGCAUAUUUAAAACUGUGCAAUAAGAAUGGUCACUACAAAUAUAUACUACAACGUAUACUGUCAAGUAGCGUUAGCAGUCACUGGCCCUGCCCAAAGCGGAAGUACUCUUACAAAAAUAAAGAGUGCUGCCUGGAGGAGGAGCUCUGCUCGCAUUUUCAUUGGCUCAGAGACUGAGGAAGGCGCUUGAGAAGUCGAUGUGUGACGUCUUUUAACAGCUGGGGAAAGUAAAAACAAGCAGAAAUCCUGCAGUAAAGGUGUUUUGAAACACUGGAAUGUGGAGAAGAGCGGCGGUAAAUGGACCUUGGCUGUCAAUCAGAUUAGUAAACGCAGGUUUUCAUGAUAAGGGCAAUAUGUCUCGUAAAUUGCACGCGAGAAGAAUCGAAGCAAUUGACAAGAAUAUAUGGGUGGAAUUCACUCAGCUGGCUGCUGACUAUAAGGCUGUGAACCUGGGUCAGGGGUUCCCUGAUUUCUCCCCUCCUAGUUUUGUUCAGGAGGCUUUCUGCAAAGCCCUGAAUGGAGGUUUCUCUAUGCACCAGUACACGCGUGCUUUUGGCCACCCAAAUCUUGUGAAGAUCCUGGCCAAGUUCUUCAGUAGGAUUGUUGGCCGGGAAAUAGACCCAAUGGAGGAUAUCUUGGUUUCUGUAGGAGCAUAUCAAGCACUUUUCUGUACCUUCCAGGCUCUCAUUGAUGAGGGCGAUGAGGUGAUUAUUGUGGAGCCAUUCUUUGACUGUUAUCAGCCAAUGGUAAUGAUGGCGGGAGGAACAGCUGUAUAUGUGCCCCUUAAACCAAGAGAAGGCUGUGGUCCUGUUCUAUCCAGUGCUGACUGGGUGUUGUCUCCUGAAGAGUUGGCGAGUAAAUUUAGUCCUCGUACCAAAGCCAUUGUCAUUAACACUCCUAAUAACCCUCUUGGCAAGGUCUACCAGCGGGAGGAACUUCAGAUGAUUGCUGACUUAUGCAUUAAACAUGACGUCAUUUGCAUCAGCGACGAGGUGUACGAGUGGCUCACAUAUGAUGGAACAAAACAUGUGAAAAUCGCCAGUCUGCCAGGUAUGUGGGAACGCACUGUCACCAUUGGGAGUGCAGGCAAGACUUUCAGUGCCACAGGAUGGAAGGUGGGUUGGGCAAUGGGAUCAGGACAUAUCCUAAAGCACUUAAAAACCGUUCAUCAGAAUUCAGUGUAUCACUGUGCCACAGCUGCCCAGGAGGCCGUAGCAGUAGGUUUUCAGAGGGAGUAUGAUGUAUUUGGCACAGAGGAAAGCUAUUUCCACCAGUUACCCAUACAUCUUCAUGAAAAGCGUCUGAGGCUGGCAGAUUGUUUGAAGAGCGUUGGCCUAAAACCUAUACUACCCCAGGGAGGAUACUUCAUGAUCGCAGAUAUCUCAAAUCUUAAUGUUGACCUUACUGACCCUAGUACUAAAGAUGAACCCUAUGACUACAGAUUUGUGAAAUGGCUCAUAAAAGAAAAGGGACUGGCCACUAUCCCUGUGUCUGCAUUCUACAGCCCGGAACACAGAAACGAAUUCCAGAAAUACAUCCGAUUCUGUUUCGUUAAGGAGGACACAACCCUUCAAGCAGCCGAGGACAUACUGAGGCAGUGGAGUGACAGCAAAUGAAAAUGAAAAAUUCUGACAGUACAGGCCUUGCACAGACCUGAAACGCAAGAGAUCUUACAGCAUAACAAAUCUAAAAUGAGACUGGUUUGUAGCAGUUUGGGAUAUGAAUAGUUAUUAAAAAGAAAAGUGUUUGUUAUUAGGCUUAAGAUUGACUAUAUGCCAGACGAACAGAUGGUGCUAAUUGCAUCACAAAACAGAGGUAUGAAAAUCUUGCAUGGCAUGUGUGGUUAAAAAAAGAAAUGAGAAUCAUUGUUCCCAUGAUAACAAUCAAUAUAAUGUCAUUUUAGAAUCAGUAUAAUUUUAUGAUAAAUACACAUGAGUGGGUGCAAUCUUUUCAGCCGGUUAAACGUUAUUGUUCUUUGAUUAUGUUCUCUCCCUUUUUUUUUGGCAUUGUAUUGCCACAUAUUUCCCUCCUCUCUGGAUUAUACCUUGAACUGCAUCACUGCCUGUUAUUACUGGAUCCACUCCGAGUUACAAAUGACACAUUAAUAGAUUUCAUUUCAUGUUAAACUGUUUUAUUAAUUUGUACAAUGUAAGUGUUAUGUUGAGACACUUUCAUAAAAAAUAUUGCAAACUACCUCGUUCAUCUGCAUGUAAAUCUAAAGAAACUUUCUUUGUGGAUGUUCUAAACACUGUCUAAAGACUACAAUUACGCAAGUUUUUUUUUUUGACACAUUUCUGCAGGAGAAAGCAAUAAAGUGUCAUUUUCACACACUGGUCUGUUUAAAAUAAUUGACACAAUUGCAGUAUAAAUAGUAAUAAAACAAAUCUGAACAUGCUCUUCUGUGGUAAAUUUGAAUUUUUAUAGCACACUAACUUCUAGCAUAUAAAAUUAAAGCAUAUAGCCUUUAUUAUUUCAGUAGAUCAUUGCAUGAAUGAAAAAAGCAAUAUUCCCAUCAAUAUUGCCAAAUCCACUUCAACCUACAAAGAAACAAGGUCAUAGUGGGGAAGUGGUGCAGUUCCUUUUUCAUCAACAAAUACAUUUGACCCUUUCCAUUAAUAAUAUACAUUAAAAAGUACAUAAACACUUACUACACUUAGAAUGUGAAUUAUUGAGAGGUGUAUUGCUGAACUUUACACAGAGGUCAUAAACAAUCUACUCAAUAAUGGCAAACAUUUCAGGAGAAAAUGUAUGUUCUGUUAGAUUUCAGGAAUAAAAAUGUGACUUCAA